AUGGGCCCCUGUACCGCCUCCUCAUGCUGCUGCCAGGCCCGUAAUCUGCCAUGGGCCCCCGUACCGACUCCUCAUGCUGCUGCCAGGCCCGUAAUCUGUCAUGGGCCCCUGUACCGCCUCUUCAUGCUGCUGCCAGGUCCAGAGUGUGUCAUGGGUCCCUGUACGGCCUCCCAUUGCUGCUGUCUCCAUCGCCACACUCUGCCAUGUGCCACUUUCAGAUCUCCUCACACUGCUGGUGGGUUCCAUUUUUUCAUAGGGUGCUGUAUGGCCUCCCAUUGCUGCUGCCUCCACCGCCACACUGUGGCUCCACACUCUGGUUUUGGCCCCGUGACUGCCCAAAUGAGUGAAGUGUGCGGUGAUUCUAAGAUCGACGGCACUCAUCUGCAUGUCAUACUGACUGACAGUAUUAUUUCUCUUCCCCAGCAGACUCCAAGGGCAUUUAAAUUAAAGGUACAGUGUUCUGCACUAAUAUAA